CACGACGGUUGGGUCCAGAAGCCACGCCCCCUCGGCCGCCCUACCAGUUCUCCGUCCUCCAAGCGAGCCCCCUAGUCCAGCCCGCUUCCCCACAGCUGGUCGGGGCUUCCACUCACCGCCUACCUACCCGGCCUACAUCAAGGCGAUCCCCGACUCCCUUCUUCAUGGCGUCGCUUCUGUGCUGUGGGCCCAAGCUGGCCGCCUGCGGCAUCGUCCUCAGCGCCUGGGGAGUGAUCAUGUUGAUAAUGCUCGGAAUCUUUUUCAAUGUCCACUCCGCUGUGCUUUUUGAGGAUGUUCCCUUCACGGAGAAAGAUUUUGAGAAUGGCCCCCAGAACAUAUACAACCGUUACGAGCAAGUCGGUUACAACUGUUUCAUCGCCGCGGGCAUUUACUUCCUUCUCGGAGGCUUCUUUUUCUGCCAGCUUCGGCUCAAUCAGCGCAAGGAAUACAUGGUGCGCUAGAGCACCGUCGCGUUUCCCCUCUCCUGCCCCC